UUUGUUUCUGGGGCGGCUCCCCGAGCCCUCCCAGUGACUCCCAGUCCCUCCCAGUACUCUCCAGUGCUGAACAAGCUCUAUUGCCGCCUGGCCAAGCCGUGCCCGGUGCAGGUGCGGGUGGGGGUCCCGCCGCCCCCCGGGGCCCUGGUCCGGGCCGUGGCCGUCUACAAAAAAUCCGAGCACGUGGCCGAGGUGGUCCGGAGGUGUCCCCACCACGAGCGCUGCGGGGGAGGGGCAGACGUGGUUUUUAGGUUUUUUUUUCCACCCCAGGUGGGCUCAGAGUGCACCACGGUCCUGUACAACUUCAUGUGCAACAGCUCCUGCAUGGGGGGCAUGAACCGCAGGCCCAUCCUCACCAUCCUCACCCUGGAGGGGCCUGGGUGAGCCCCAAA